CACCGUAGCCACUCAAGCCGUCCUUGAUUGUUUUCUCACAAAACCCGCACAAACGGGCGAACGAAGGAAACCGCGUGCACCGGAAGGAAGCGUCACGCUUCCGGUAACUGUGGAGGAAAAUAAUAGCACGCGUGCAUUGUGCCCGCGAGGACACACACUGAAUUCCUUCGACAUUUGUGAUCGUGUGGUACGUUUUGGUGGGGCGAAACUUUCGGAACUUUGCACCCCCACCACCCCGGUCACGGCUUUAUGAUUUAUUAGACGUUGUGUACUCUGCACUAGUGUGUGUAUGUGUGUGUGCGUGAGUGUAUGUGUGAAAGGCUGUGUGUGAGCAAUGAAGUGCGUGUGCAUGAUUGUGAGCAUUUAUUGGCAUUGAAUUGUGUGUUCCAGCACACAAUGGGAAUUGAUGUUGUUGUGAUUGUGUGAGUUCGCGACACCGGUGUAAAUAAAUAAGCAAGCAGAAGCCAAGUCGCAAGUUGCGAACGGGAAUGAAGGUUGGCCCAACUAUGCAGGCUAUUUGUUGCUGAUGCCGUAUUGUGCGCCAAUGAAAGAAAUUACAAACAAGUGGAAUAUGAAGCGAUGAAGCUGCAGUGAAUACAAUCGGACGCACACUUCUUUUGUAGCAAUCACGAGGAAUACAAGGGAGUUACAAUUGUUACCAUUUUUGUUCUGUUUCGUUUUCGUUUCUGUCACAGCUGCAUCAGAAGUAAGCGUUUUGGAGUGUGUGUAUAGCUGAAAAAAUAUAUAAACAACUUUGAACAUUAAGAGCUUCACUCCCGUGCGAGCUAGCUGUAGCAAAGCGGAAGGGCAAGAGUUUCCGUCACGGAUCGUAGCAUCCCGGCAGGGCGGUGUACGGGUGCGUCUUCCGGUCCACGGACUGUCGAUUUCGUUAUUACACCGGAACCUCCGCUCCGGCAAGGGCAAAAGUAGCAGCAGCGUCAAUCAAAUCUUCCACUGCGACUUCCGCACGCCAUCAAUUGAAACUUAUCCACACAGCCAGGCGGCACAGCUCCAUUGCGGGAGGUGCUGAACCGAGUUCCGGACCGCACGAUGGAACUCUCUCGGAUAAAAACCCUUUACUGUGGGUUAAUAUUUCAGCUGCUCUUCACACUAGCCCUACCGCUGCCCUACACAAAGUAUGGACGUACCUGCGGCGAUAUCGGUUGCCUGUCUAGCCAGGUGUGCGUGAUGGCGUACGAAUCCUGCUCGAUCGGGCAACGCGAGGGUAACGAUUGUGGCCGUUACCCGACCUGCAAAAAGAACACGGAUCCGAGCGUCAGUGCCGGCCCGAGCGAGGGAGUUAGCAAUGUGUACAACAACGGUCCGAAGCCUUCCGCACCGGCCGGUCGCCCUGGAGACGACGAUGUGCUCGGCACACUCGGUUUGAAUCCUAACAAUCCGUACGGCCAGCGCCCAACGCCACCACCGGCCCGUCCACCGCAACCAGCUGGGCCCUCACUCUACCCUUCGCUGCCGACGGACAACAACCCGGGCAACCGUUACGGAGGCAAUGGCGGAGGUGGCUACAGCGGCGGCGGUGGUUCCUACAACGGAGUUGGUGCAGGAGGAAGCUCUUACAAUGGUGGUGGUGGUGCUGGUGGUGGCGGUUCGUACAAUGGAGGUGGCCAGUUUGACGGUGCAGGGGGUAACAUCGUCGUACCGACACGCAAACCGGCCGCACCCGCCAACAACGGUGGAUUCUUCGGCGGCAUCCUGAGCGGUGUACAGAACGCAGUCUCGAACGCGGUCAAGCAGCAGAUCGGCACCUACAUCAAUCAGCGGCUGGGCAUUGGGCCGGCGGCAGGUGGGGCCGCCGGUGCCGGCGGGCUGGGCGGACUGUUCGAUGCACGCAAUCUGAUCGACAACAAGCGGCUGGGAGGUUUGUUUUCCGAGAAUAAGCCGGCGGGCAGUGGAGCAGGAACCGGCUCGUCCGGCACUUCCAUCGGGCCGGGGGGAUAUCCGGUGACGGUGGAUCAGCGCACGUCGGCCAGUAGCUACAAUCAGCAGUAUGCAGCGGCACCGGCACAGUCCGUACCGUAUCCGCAGAACUAUGGCAGCUAUAAUGCGGCUGCCCGUACCCGUUCCACCGAACGUCCUGCUUAUGGAUGGAACCGGGACUAGGUGUGAGAUGCGCUCCUGGAAGGAGUUGUCCUCAGCAUAGCUACCGUACUAAAAUACUCCCCACAAUGCACUAAAAUAAUUACAAAUGUAACACAUUCCCGCUGUUGAGGAAUUGCUUCAGUUUCUCUCUAACGACGUAUGCGCCCUCUGUAGGGUUUUACGGGUAACUGCUGACAGCGAUCGCCGAGCAUUUGAAUUCCGAUUUUUUCCUUUUUAUUUUUUUUUACUGUCAUAGUAUAUUAACCAGAUUAAAAGACAAAUAUCUACACCUUUUUAUACCAUAAUAACACUGUGACUAAUAAAAUACACUAUACACAGAAA